AUGAAACGAUUCAGCUUCAUAUCUGUCUUUCUUCUUCCUCUGUUCCUCAUCAUCAACACCAGCUUCGCUCUCCCUCUAUCCACCAACUCACGAUGGAUCGUCGACGACGGCUACCAAGGACGGGGCGUGAAACUUACGUGCGUCAACUGGCCGUCGCAUCUGGAAGCUGCAGUGGCUGAAGGUUUAAACAAGCAGCCGCUAGAUAUUAAUGUAGCUCAAAUCGUUUCGAUGGGUUUGAACUGCGUUAGAUUGACUUGGCCUCUCUACUUAGUCACAGACCAGUCACUUGGAAGUAUGACUGUGAGACAAUCUCUUCACAAGUUUGGUCUCUUUGAAGCUGUGUCUGGUUUCCAUGCUUAUAACCCAUCGAUUCUUGACCUUCCUCUGAUCAAAGCUUUCCAGGAAGUGGUUGCUUGUCUUGGAAACCACAGAUUAAUGGUGGUCUUAGACAAUCACAACAGCAAGCCUGGUUGGUGUUGCACUGACAAUGAUCAAAACGGAUUCUUCGGCGACAAACAUUUCAACCCUCAGCUUUGGAUCAAAGGGCUGACUAAAAUGGCGUCAAUGUUUUCUAAUGUUUCAUCGAAUGUAAUCGGUAUGAGUCUAAGAAACGAGCUUAGAGGUCCAAAACAGAACGUCAAAAAUUGGUACAAGUACAUGAGACAAGGCGCUGACGCGGUCCACUCAGUGAAUCCUAACGUUCUUGUCAUUGUCUCGGGUUUGAAUUUCGAUGCAGACUUAUCAUUUCUCAAAGACAGACCGUUCGAAGUUAGCUUCAGGAGGAAACUGGUGUUUGAGAUCCAUUGGUAUGGGUUUUGGAGGAAAGGACAUAACUGGAACAAGAUUUGCGGCAAAGAAACCAAGAAGCUUAUGAAUGAGUCUGGUUUCUUACUCGAGGAAGGGUUCCCUUUGUUUUUGAGCGAGUUUGGGAUUGAUCAAAGAGGAAACAAUGUGAAUGACAAUAGGUUUCUAAGUUGUUUCUUGGCUUUGGCAAUGGAUCUUGAUCUUGAUUGGGUGAUAUGGACUCUUGCGGGAAGCUAUUAUAUAAGACAGAAAACUAUAGAAUAUGAUGAAUCUUAUGGAAUAUUGGAUUGGUAUUGGUCAAGCAUCAGGAACUCAACCAUUUUAAAUAUGUUUUCUUCAAUUCAGUCUCCUUUGCAAGGUCUAAUGGAAACUCAACCAAAGAAAAUAAUGUUCCAUCCUGCGACUGGACUUUGCAUCGUGAGGAACUCAUUGUUUCAACUGAAGCUUGGUUCUUGCAACGGACCAGAAAGGUUUAUACUCUCAUCUCAUAGAGUUUUAUCGCGAACAGAAGAACAUGUCUUCUUCUGCUUGAAGGUUUACGAGGAAGGAAAGUCUGUGAAGCUGCGUCUGUUUUCCUCAGAAUCUAACUGUUCAAAAUGGAAAGUUUUGUCUGAAUCAAAAAUGCAGCUCUCGUUGGUAACAAAAGAUGGAGAGUCUGUUUGUUUGGAUGUUGAUUCGGGUAGUGGCAACAUUGUGACGAAAAGCUGCAAAUGUUUAGAAGGAAAUGGCAGUUGUGAUUCAACAAGCCAAUGGUUUAAGCUUGUUAUUAGCACGAGAAGCCGAGUUAAACCAGAACCUGUUCUUCAAAUUAGUCCAUACUCUAAAACAUUUCUUCAGAAACCUUUAUCAGUCGUAUAA